AGUGUAGGGAGUCGAAAACGUCGCAAAGGCGCGAUAGAUCCCAGAUUUUUUUUUGUAGUGAUGGCAACAAAAUCAGACUUUGCACAAAAGCUGCUCCAUGACCUCCGGGGCCGGAAGGAACAUAUGGCUACAGGCAAAACACACUCAGGAAACCAACCAGAUGCAAAUGCAGAGACUGGGCGAUUUUCGCGAGGAUCAUCACAGCAGAUAAAAGCCAUUGAAUCUGAUGGUUCAGAGAUAGGGAACUCACAGAGGUCAAGCAUCAGCAACAGAUCAUUUCAUAUGCAAGAAUCUUCUGGGGAAGUUGCUAAAAUGAACUGUUCAGGCAAUAACCCAAUGCUCAGUUUUCUCCAGAGACUAACCAGUUUCCAGAAGCAUUAUCAUCCUUCAAAUGAUCAUCAAGUUGGGAAGGAGCUCCUGAAAGGGGCCAUGGAUUUGGAAGAGUCCCUCAGAGUGCUUGUAAACCUGCAAGAAGCAUCAGAGUGCAUGAUGAGUCCAGAAAGGAAGAAUCAGAUGAUGUUACUCGAAGACGAUGAGGAAGAUACUGCUGCAAAAGUAGCCAACCAUAAGCACUCCCGCGACCUUCCCAGAUUUUCAUUUGAUGUGGAAACUGAAAUGAAACAGCAAGAAACUGAUAACCGAAAUGAAAAGCAGCCUUCUCAGACCUCAGAUUUGGUUUCUCAUAGAAGAUCAUCCAGUUGCACAGACUUCACAGCUCAAUCUACAAAAUUGGAGCUCAAGAAUCAGACGAAAGGGAGGCUUUCGAGUGUCAUUGCAAAACUCAUGGGAUUGGAUGAACUUCCCCAAAGUGCAGAUACAAAGGCCUUGAGGAGACACUCAACAUCCAAGAGGAAAGAAGGUCCAGUGUUAAAGAAAAUUGCAAAUGCUGAUUCGGUGAACGAGAAGAACAUGCAAUCCAAGAAUGCAAAACCAACUCAAGAGACAGUUCAGAUAGAAAAUGAAACAUCUGACAGGCUUCUCCUUAACAAUCAACAGAAGCCCAAGGAUAUAAUUGAAGUGGCCGGGGACAACAAUCAGGCAAACCGAAAAGAGCAGCACCUUUCAAAGCAAAAACCUCAGGUCAAUAAACACAAGGGAAGGCAAGCAGAAGCAACAAUUCCACAAACAGUUAGAAAUAAAUCACCUAGUUUGCUAGAGAAGCGGUUUCCGGUUAACCAAACUUCACAUGGUAAGACAAAUGGUACAAAGUCCACCACUGGAAUGCCUCAGAAAUCUCUGCCAAACAGUGAAGCUCCUGCGAAAGAUGGGCCUGCAGUUACUAUGGGAAGUUCUGGGAACAGGAAUAUGAAUCAAAUUGGAUUACCUAAAAAAUUAUCAUCAAGAACAAGGGAGGGCAUUGGCACAUACACACUUGCCCGAAAAAAGCCUAUCAAGGUGCCAUCUACAGAGAAGAAGGAAAACUACUUUCAAAUCCACAGAAAACGGGAGUUUCGUAAAAUAGAUGGAUCGAGUAGAAAAGGAACUCCCCCGCAUAUGGAAAGAUCACCAGGAAAGCAAACUGCAAUAUUCAAAGCGACAGACCAGCUGAGACGCGAUAUGGCCAAACACACUGGCAUAGAAGGCAAAUUGAGUCAAGACAAGCCAAAAGAAGCAAAACAAAACACCACCAUGAUCCAUAAAUCAGAAGUAAGUAGCAAACCACUGAGCUCAGCACAAGAAUUGCCGGCUGAAACAAAAGAUUCCAUCUACAUUGCUGGGGAAAAUGAUUGCCAAAACCUGGAAUAUCAGAAAAUUUUACCAAAUCAUUCUAGUACUGGAGACUAUUAUACCAACAACAAGAACUGUCAAGUUUUCCAAGAUGAACAAGGCAGAUUUGUUCCCACCAAGCUUCCAGAAAAUAAAAAUGGACUGACUGAACCCGAAAAGCAUCUCAAGGAGUUGUUGGUUACAAGCCAACAAUUUCUUAACACCAUAGAGGCAUUUUUCAAGCUCAACAUUCCAACCAGCACCUUUCAGACCAAUGAUCCCAACAGUAAAAGUUCAGAAUUUAAGCUUAAACUACACUGCAGCUAUGAAGUAGUGAAACGAAAGGCGAGAAGACGAAGACUCUUGAACCAUCCUUAUGCAAAGACAUCCAUGGGAUGCAUAAAGGUGAGAUCUUUAGAUGAUCUGGUCAAGCAAUUGUGCAAAGGGUUCGACGUGCUGAACUCUUACUGGUCAAAAGGGAAAGAAAACUGUCACACUGCAGCAGACUACCUGCAUACCAUGGUUGAGAAAGACAUCCAAAAUAUAAAUCCAGAUUUGAACAGCAUGUGGGACUUUGGUUGGGAUACUAUGAUGUCUACAUCCCAAGAAAAGGAUGAAAUCAUAAAGGAUGUUGAGAGGCAUCUGCUCAAUGGGCUCCUAGACGAGAUCACACUCGACUUAUUACAGAUUACUGUAUCUGCUUGAUUGUUCUACAAAAGAACCAUGAGAAACCGGCAUAAUAGUGAGCAAGUUAUGUCUUAGAAAUCAAAUUCCAGAAUGAAUGUGUAAGAUUGUACUAUUAUUAUACUUCUCGUUUCUUUAUGCAGUUCUGUUUUUCU